AUGAGCGCAAAGCUGAUUGAUGGACGGAAAUUGGCCGAGGAGUUCCGGAGGGAGACCGCGGAGCAGGCUGAUGUUCUGCGCGAGCGCGGAUCUCCGGCAAAGCUCGAUGCCGUCCUUGUGGAUUCGGGAGACAAUGGCGCUCGUGUAUACGCCGAGAAUCAGGCACGGACCUGCGAAAGCCUAGGGAUCGAGUACACACUCCACGAGCUCAAACAAGGGUCCUCACAGGCUUCCAUCGAGACCAAGAUUAUGGACCUGAAUCUUGAUCCGACCGUGCACGCGAUCAUGGUUCAUAUGCCGCUUCCCGAUGAUGUGGACUCGCAUCACAUCAAGAUGUUGAUUGAUCCGGACAAAGAUGUCGAAGGGGUCAAUCCAGCGAACAUCGGCAAUGUAGUCUACGGGCGUUCCAUGCGGGCCCCAUGCACCGCUCUCGCGACCCUGAAGCUCAUCGAUUCCACUGGAAUCGAUCUCAAGGGUAAACGCUGUGUGGUGGUGGGCGCUUCGGUUGUAGUAGGACGCCCAAUAGCCGUGCUCCUGAUGCAACGGGAAGCGACGGUCAUCAGCUGCAACAAGUUUACAGACGGGUUGGCCGAUCUCUGCAGAUCCGCUGAUGUCCUCAUACCAGCAGCGGGAGUCGCGGGCUUAAUCACUCCCGAGAUGGUCCAACCUGGCGCCCUCGUCGUGGAUGUCGGUGUGAAUCGGAUCCUCGACCCUGAAUCUGGAAAAAAAAUGACCGUCGGCGAUGUGGACUUCGAGUCGGUUUCAGAGGUCGCAGGCUGGAUUUCUCCCGUCCCAGGUGGUGUUGGGCCGAUGACCGUAGCAGUAUUACUCCACAAUGUCCAACCAUUGAAUACCACCAUGCAAACACUCGGAUUUCUCCCCAAUCUCGGCUGGCCGGAAAUGCUCAUCAUCGGCAUCAUUAUGCUGCUGCUGUUUGGACGCCGGCUCCCAGAAGUUGGUCGCAGCUUGGGCCAAGGGAUCGUGUCAUUCAAAAAGGGACUCAAGGAAGUCGGGGACGAGAUCAAUGUCCAAUCCGACGAAAAUGUGUACCAACCCAAGUUUGAUACCGCGAAAGCACCAAACAAUCCGGAUAUGAGGCGACUCAAACUCGUAAUCAACCGAAUUCCAACUGUUUUGUACGGGAUCUCCUUUCCGAUACCGAUUCAGAUGCUUAUCAUUGCGACCCGCUUGGAAGAGCGGCGCAACACCUUUGGCGAGGUCAGUAUCGAUCCGGCCUCGAGCGCCUAUGCACUGCCAGAAGCCGAUGAGAGUCAGCCGGAAGCCUUGGAAGAUCUCACUCGCGAUCUACAAGCACCGCGUCGAGACGCUCCAGGCGGUCGGAAUCAGCGUGACCGAUUCGCAGACUUUGAAAAUCGGCUGGUGCAGUUUGAUGCAGACGGAGACGGCAUGCUCAAUGCAGAAGAGCGUGAUGCGAUGGCGAACUCUUUCCGCCAACGGAUGACAGAGCGAUUUGAUACAGACGGUGACGGCAUAGUCAGCAUCGAAGAACAGUUUGCAGCUCGUCGAGAGUUCAUGCUCAACUCUCGCCGAGGUGAGCGGAUGCGCAAUGAGUUUGAUGCUGAUGGGGACGGCACCCUCAAUGAAGAAGAACUCGCAGCAAUGAAUGCUGAACUCGACGCACGAGAAGCAGAACGCAUGGCUGAAAUUGUCGCGCAGUACGACACCAAUGGCGAUGGAGAGAUGUCACUCGAAGAGACUGUUGCCAUGCAAGACCAACAGUUCCAAGAACGACGAAACCAGAUGGAUCAGUUUGCGGCUCAGUUUGAUCAGGAUGGGGAUGGGAAUCUCAACGCCGACGAGCGAGUAGAUGCACGAGAUACCAUGAUCGAACAGCGAGAGCUUGACCGCUUCCUGCGACGCUACGACACCAACGGCGAUGGCGAAAUCGGGACAAGCGAUUACGACCGGUUCACCGAUGCGUAUGGGAAAAAGGAACCCUAUGCGGAUGUCAAUCGCGACGGGAUCUACAACAUGGAUGAUGUCGUGAUGUUCCGUGACAUGACUGAGCAUGUCAAUGGCGACGAAGAGUGA